AUGCGAACACGAUCCAUCUCAUCUCGGUUUUCUCGGUUGAGCUCAAAUCUCCGGGAAGCCGAGCGACAUCUUCGUACCUUAAGGCUCGAAAUCUUCGGCAGCGAGGCUUCUUCUGACUCUCCAAGCUCCACCACGGAUGUCGACAUGUCCGACAACGAAAAUUCUCGGGGGCUUCUAAAGUUUACCGAGUUGGGGUCGCUCAAGGACCGAUCUCACCCCCUCGAGCAGCGAUGGCGACUUCAGGCCCAACAACGAGAGACCCAAGAAAACGAGAUUCUUCGUCAAGCGGCGGUGCUCCGAGACGAGCCGAUUGCGGAGGAAAAUCGACGCGACUUGCUUAAUCGACUCGACCAGCGAAACCGACGAUCUCAGCAGGCUGGUCCUUCAAGCGAGGAGCCUACUGAAACCGAGCAAGCUCGUCAAGGUCCAAGCCGGGGCGCGCGAUUUGGCGAAAAAGGCGGCGUCGGUCCUGCUUUUACCCGGGGUAUGAACGGAAUCUUCAACACCAUCGACGAUGCUGCUCGUAAUCCUGGCAAAGCGUUGCGAAAAGCCCUUACUCCGGGUAAAAAAACCCCGGGUAAAAAAACUCCUGCCAAGAAGACGCCAGGCCGUAAAACUCCUGGAAAGAAGAGUGCGAAGAAGCUGGCUGGCGCAAUGGUCCGAGGUCGACGGGAGAAAUUCCAGCAACCCCCUCGUGACCAGAAGGAUCACUGCGAAGAGCUUCCUGCCCAGUUAGUGGUGCGAAUGUUGGGCGAGUAUUUGUCCGUCGACGACCAGGAAAUCUUGGCGGAGAAAGCGGCGGAGUUGGAAAGCGCCUUCGAACAGCGCUUCGGCACCUUUUGGGACGACGUCGUGUCUGGACGCUGCAGGGUCACGUUCUUGACGAAGGGCGGUAGAUCCUGGAAUGUCGACGGGCCCAAAUGGGAAACCAACGCCGAAGAACAAGACGACUAA